AGCAGUGCUGUCAAGGGCUCGACACGGACAAAAGCAGUGAACAAGACUCCCCUCUUGCUGUUUUAUAAUCUUUUAAACAUAUUUACUUUCCAGGAGACAGGAAGUAGACAUCAUGAACACUCUGAACCAACAGUAUGAGGAGAAGGUGCGUCCCUGCAUUGACCUCAUCGACUCUCUUCGCUCUCUGGGUGUAGAGAAGGACUUGGCGCUGCCUGCUAUCGCCGUGAUUGGAGACCAAAGCUCGGGGAAGAGCUCCGUGUUGGAGGCGCUGUCAGGGGUGGCUCUGCCAAGAGGAAGUGGAAUUGUGACAAGAUGUCCUCUCGAAUUGAAGAUGAAGAGAAAGAGAGAAGGAGAGGAGUGGUUUGGGAAGAUAAGCUACCAUGACCAUGCGGAAGAGAUAGAAGAUCCUGCAGAUGUGGAGAAAAAGAUUAGAGAAGCUCAGGAUGAAAUGGCCGGGGUCGGAGUGGGGAUCAGUGAUGACCUCAUCAGUCUGGAGAUCGCCUCUCCUGAUGCCAGACUCACUCUUAUUGACCUGCCUGGCAUCGCCAGGGUGGCCGUAAAGGGACAACCUGAGAACAUUGGAGACCAGAUAAAGAGACUGAUCCAGAAGUUCAUCACAAGACAAGAAACCAUCAGUUUGGUGGUUGUUCCGUGCAACGUGGACAUUGCAACCACAGAGGCUUUGAAGAUGGCACAGGAGGUGGACCCUGAUGGAGAGAGGACUCUGGGUAUCUUGACUAAGCCUGACCUGGUGGACAAAGGCACCGAAGAGACUGUAGUUGAAAUUGUCCAUAAUGAGGUCAUCCACCUGAAGAAGGGCUACAUGAUCGUCAGGUGCAGGGGUCAGAAGGAGAUCACAGAGAAAGUCUCUCUUACUGAAGCAAUAGAGAGAGAGAAAGCCUUCUUCAGAGAUCAUACAUAUUUCCACACUCUCUACAAUGAUGGACAAGCUACUGUUCCCAAACUGGCUGAGAAACUCACACUCGAGCUGGUGCAUCACAUUGAGAGAUCUCUGCCUCGGCUGGAAGAGCAGAUAGAGGAGAAGCUAGCACACACUCAAGCAGAGCUGGAGAAAUAUGGCAAUGGACCCCCAGCUGAUGCAGCGGAGAAACUCGUCUUCCUCAUUGAUAAAGUGACGGCUUUCACUCAGGAUGCCAUCAGUCUGACUACAGGAGAGGAACUGAAGUGUGGAGACAAGCUCAAUGUCUUUUCUACCCUCAGAAAAGAGUUUGGGAAGUGGAACGUCCACUUGGACCGCUCAGGAGAAAAGUUCAGCAAGAGCAUUGAGAAAGAGGUGGCGGAAUACGAAGACAGGUACCGUGGAAGAGAACUGCCGGGCUUCAUCAACUACAAGACCUUUGAGGUCAUGGUCAAGGAGCAGAUCAAACAGCUGGAAGAGCCCGCUGUCAAGCGACUCAAGGAAAUAGGAGAUGCUGUUAGGAAGACGUUCAUACAGCUGGCCCACAGUAGCUUCAUUGGAUUUCCUAACCUCCUGAAAGCAGCCAAAGUAAAGAUCGAAGCCAUUAAGCAAGAGAAAGAGUCCAUUGCUGAAUCCACGCUGAGAACCCAGUUCAAGAUGGAGCUGAUUGUUUACACACAGGACAGGACCUACAGCUGUAGUUUGAGUGACAGGAAGAAAGAGGAGGAGGAGGAGGAGGAAGAAGACAAACGGAAACACAGAAACCAUCACAAAGAUUUGAGUAUUGUGUACUGCGCUGAUAAUCAUGCAACACUUAUGGAGCUGAUGUUGCACAUUAAAUCAUAUUACAAAAUUGCUAGCCAGCGCCUGGCCGACCAGAUCCCGCUGGUGAUCCGCUACCAGAUGCUGCAGGAGUCUGCCGUCCAGCUGCAGAGGGAGAUGCUGCAGAUGCUUCAGGACAAGGAGAAUUUGGAGUUCUUGCUGAAGGAAGAUUGUGACAUUGGCAGUCAGAGGGCUGCUUUACAGAAUCGCCUUCAUCGCCUCAUUAAGGCUCGCACAUACCUGGCAGAGUUCUAGAGCAGGUCCAGGCCCAGUGGCCUUAGUCUACUUUACCUCUAUUAUUUGUCAAAAACAGAAGGGUGGUGGUCAAAGGCUUCCUAUCAUAUAUCUAUAGUAUGCAUAUAUAGUGUAGAAUAUACACAUCUGCUUUAGAUGUUAUGCUAUGUCAGAACAGGUCAAUAUUGAUACGUAAAGGGUUGUUUUAAAUGUACUGUAGUAUCUGCUCCUAUUGUUAUACCAAAAAAAAAAAGAUAAAUACAUCAUGACUGUUUUUUUCACAUUAAAAAAACAUUUCAUUUGCACACACCAUGUUUCUGAGGUAUCCACAGUUAAUUUCCCAUCAGGGAACUUAUCUCCAGAAAAGAUUCACAUCAAAAAUGCUUAUGACUAUACAAAAAUAGAGUAUCGAUAUAAAACUGUGUACUUAAGCUCCCCCUUGUGGGAAAAAGGGGAUAACAUCCCUGGUCGAUGGUGUAAAACAUAAGUUGUAAUGUAAUCCUUAACAGAUUUUCUGAGCUAUAAUAGACAUAGUGUGUCUUCCUACGUGUCAAUAUGGUCUUCCACCCUCAGCAAUGAAGAGUCUGCAUCAGUGAUGCAAAUACAAAGCUGGUUCUGUCCUUACUUUUGGGACUUUCAGUGCAAUUCAUUUCCACCAUAAAAACCCU